CAGCGAAUAUGGCGGCUUGCAUCUGAUAGAAAGUGAGGAAUCUCCCAUCAAAAUACCCUGUUCACACGUGUUUGUGUAGGUAACAGUCUGUCUGACUUCACCUCCUCUGCAGCAGCACGUUGAAGUUUGGUCAACAUGGGCCGAACACCACACAGAGAUCAAAAAGAGGAGAAGAAGGAGAGACGGAGCAGCAUCACAGCAGGCUCUGCCCUCGACAAAUCUAAUGAGCCGUUCAGCUGGGAAGAUUACCUGAGAGAAACUUCCUCCAUUGCAGCGUCGCCUACCUGCUUCAAACAGUCCAGAAUCCCCCCCUCCAACGACUUCAAAGCAGGUAUGAAACUUGAAGCACGGGACCCUCGCAACUCUAACUCAGUGUGCAUUGCAACGGUGAUGGGCAUGAUGGGUACUCGUCUACGCCUGCGUCUGGAUGGUAGCGACAACACAAACGACUUCUGGCGGCUGGUCGACUCGUCGGACAUCCAGCCAAUAGGAACCUGCGAGAGGAACGGAGACAUGCUGCAGCCACCACUGGGUUUCAGGAUGAAUGCCUCCUCGUGGCCCAUGUUCCUCCUGCGGACGCUGAGCGGAGCAGAGAUGGCUCCUGCCUCUGCUUUUAAGAAGGAACCAGCCAGUCCUGCUAAAAACUACUUCCAGCCUGGUAUGAAGCUGGAGGCGGUGGACAGAAAGAACCCCUACCUGAUUUGUCCCGCCACAGUGGGAGAGGUCAGAGGUCAGGAGAUUUUCGUCAUGUUUGACGGCUGGCGAGGCGCCUUUGACUACUGGUGCCCCUUCGACUCCAGAGACAUCUUCCCCGUCGGCUGGUGCACCCUGACGAAACACAGCCUGCAGCCGCCCGGAAACUUCUUUACCCUCCCUGGUGCGCUCCUUGCCCCCGUUUCCUCCACCUCAGCCUCCCUCACUACACGUCGCUCCUCAUCCAACUCCUCCUCCUCCAUGCAGACCUCGUACCGACUGCCCAACCCCUUGCCACCCCUCCCCGUCCGCAAGGGUGUCCGAGGUCGUCGUCCCAAAUCCCAGACUAUUGCUUUGUUGAAGGCAGCGGCUGAGGCGGCAGCGGCGGCAGCGGCGGCAGCAGCAGUAAAUGGAGCGUCACAGAGCCCUGCCAGAACUAGCUCUGAGGCUCAACUGGCCCCCAGACCACACAGGAAGAGAGGACCCAAGCCGAGGAAUAAGAAGAAGCCUCGGGUGGUGCAGUCCCUGGGGUCAUCAUCAGUUACAGCUCCGCCUCCAGAGACCAGACUGAGCUCCAGCCAUGUCUCAGUGGACAACAACCAUAGCAACAGCUCAAAUGUAGUUUGCACAGUUUGUGUCUAUGUGAACAAGCACGGUGACUAUGGCCCGAAUCUAGACCGAAAACUAGUGCAGCAGCUCCCGGAUCACUUCGGCCCAGCUCCAGUCAACGCUGUGCUUCAGCAAGCUGUUCAGGCCUGCGUGGACUGUACGUACCAGCCGUCUGUGCUGCUGUCGUUCCUGCAGAGCCAGUCCCACACAGGUGGAGAGGUCAUCAGAGUGCGGUCAGAGCAUGGUAUCCGCUAUGUGAAGCUGCCCUCCGCCUCCAGUGCGUCCUCUGUGCUGCGGUUCUUGGAGAACAUGUGCCAACAUCUGGAGAGUGACAGUCUAUUCAGCUCACAGCCCUUCAGCCCCUACAACAUCAACACACGCUUCUACAACAAGACCAAGUCAGAACCGCCGUCCCACACUGAGAAUGGCCUGUCCACUGACGAUUCCACAAAGGAUCCCGCUCCCAGCACCCGCUCCAUUCACACCGCAUCAGACUACAGGGCAACAAAGAAGGAGCGGCCAUAUUAUCCCGGACACACACACACACCGCCACCCCUACGACGCGUCAGCUCCAACCCGGCUGAACUUGGUCCAAUGUGUACACACAGACGAGUGGAGGCUAGCUCAACAACAGGCCCAGAUCACGUGAAACAGGACAAGGAAGGUUCAGGGAAUGAUGCUUCUUCCUGGUCAGUUGACGAUGUCAUACGGUUUGUCCAAGAGGCUGAUCCCCAAACUCUCGGCCCACACGUCGAACUGUUCAGGAAACAUGAGAUCGAUGGCAAGGCUCUGAUGCUGCUGCGCAGCGACGUCAUCAUGAAGUACAUGGGACUGAAGCUUGGCCCGGCACUCAAACUCUGUCAUCACAUCGAGAAGCUGAAACAGACCAAACAAUAGAGGAUAAAGACGCUCUUUUCUCACUGGCAACCAAACACAUACAAACUCGUAUUAUUCUACAGGGAUGUAGGUGCAGUGUAAAUCCACCUUAGCCGGUGUCGUAGCCACCACAGAGGACAACGAGCUUGUGUCCUCUGUACUUUGAGUGAAUUUGGGGAUUUUAUCUACCUGCAGGGAGUUGCAAACGUAACUUAAACACAUGGUUGGUAUUUUAUGAGCUCAUUUGAAUACUUUAAGGCCGACAAAUAGAUACAUCGAUAAAGAUUUCAGCAUUUUCCUCAGAGUUUGACAGUGUGGAGAAAGCAGAAACCUUUGAAACAGCAUUUAGACCUCAGAUCUUGGGAAAGAAAUUCUACAUUAAGUAUAAACAGUGAAUUUAAAAAAUAAGAGAUGAGAAAAGUAUUUGCUACAGCCCUGAGCUGGACACUUUUAUUUUUAAUUAACAGACCACAGUUUCCUUUUACAUAAAAACAGAAACACAGUACAUGAAUUCAUAAUUUCCAUAUGUCUAAGUAGCAUCAGAUAUCUGAGCAGAUGAUCUUUGUUCAUGUUAGUAUUUUUUUUUUUGCCUUAUUAUGAACUGGAGGCCAUAAUUUAUCAUUUAAGUUACCUCUACAUUGCCAGUUUUAAAACACACAAAUACACUGUAGGUUUUGUCUCCUCAGAUGUUUAGCUGUUAAAGUAUUUUUUCCCUGGUCAGAAUUUCAGGAUGCUCUGCACUCAUGUUUGGGAAAGUUAGUUCAGGUACUGGCAGUGAACGUCUCACUGCGUCGUUUCUAACAAUGCAAUAAAAGUUUCUGAAUGACUGCGUCUGUUACAGACUGUCAAAUACAAGCCAGUGAAUGUAUGCAGUCGUGAGCAUUAUUACUGACAGGUACUGAACAACAGGAAUGCUCAGUUAUGUGAAUGAGGAGUGUUGAAGGGUGUCAUUUGAAAAUGUUGGAGAAGACGUCUUGUUCCCUGGAGUCAGUCAUCGCAUAAAUGAUUCAUGUCGUCAAUCAAUUCACUUGUUAUUGACAAAGAUCAUAAAUUAACUUUGGCAGAGUGGGCACCACUUUUAUUUAAAUGGUGGAUAUCUUACUUUGGAAGAAAGCAGAAUCACAACUUUCAUCAGUUGUGAUUCUGCAGCGCAGGCCGCAGAUGUAGAGAAUCAGUUACUGAAGAGUUUUCUCUCUUUUAUUUGUGUCUGUUUCGUGUGAUGGAAGACAUUCGAGCUGGACGGUUUCAGCUCGAGCAAUGAUGUGGCUACAUGAUUGUAUUAUGCUCUGACAGUCUCGCGCACACACACACGAGACAUACACAUACAAUGACUGGAAUACUGUAAGUGUUUUGACAUUAAAAUAAAAGUAAGGUCAUUAACUGUCAAGUUUGAGUGCUGUACAGAGAGUUAAAGUGCUCCUGAAAGAGAAAAUGGUGGAGAAACUGUUUUGUAUAAAGUCAAGCCAAAAGGUUGUUUUUUGAUAUCAUUUUGUACUGUUUCAAAGUGUAUCAACCUGUAUCAAGCGUAAGUGUAAUCAAAUUUUUUUCUGCCUGAAAUAGUUUUUGUGUGCACCAUCAAAUAACUACUUACAGGACGAUGUUGUGUCCGAGUAAUCAUUCACGGCUCAAAGUGUUAAUCUGUUCUCGAUGGCAGAAUUACUAAUUUUCUGAACAUUUCAGAACCAUUUUCAAACCAAAUCAUGUCUGUUGUAGCUGCAUUUCACACUGUUGCUCUCCUGUAGUGGUAACAAGUUGAUACUUGAAACCAUCUUGCUUUAAUGUGAAACUCAGGUUUUAGUGGGGGUUUUUUCUUAGAUUAUGUUUUACAUCAUUAGCAUUUUGUGUGCAUUACUACAACAUAGAGGGACUGCACAAUAAUCAAUUAUGUAUAUUUUUAUGCCUUGUCAUCUAUCGAUCCACAGCAUUUCAUGUGUAUAUAUAUAUACAACUUUUUACUGU